AUGGAGGCGUGCAUUCCAUUGCACAAGACUGUGCGCUCGACGCCGUACACGAGAUGCCAGGGACGACUGCGCAAGCGACCGAACCAUGAGCUCGAGUAUUUGCGGCAGCAGGUGGUCGACCUAGAGGAAGAGCUGGAAGUGUUGCGUCAACCUGACAUCGACCGUCGAGUUAAAACUCAGUGA